GAUUUCACUUCAAACGCAGGACAGCUGGAGGAGAGCAAUGCUUUGGGCUGCUCCGGCUCCUGGGCGUUUAGUUGCAUUAUUAUUACUUACUGGAUUAAGCUGUGAAUCAAACCACUAUGAGAAAAAGAGGCAGAAAAGAACCAUUUAUGAUGAGCAGCCUCGGUUGUCCUCAGAGCAGGGUAAUUUAGUGUUCCAUGCUGGCUCCAGCAAAAAUAUUGAAUUUAGAACUGGACCACUGGGGAAAAUAAAAAUUAAUGAAGAAGACCUUGCAGAACUUUUUAGCCAGGUGAGAGAAAGUAAUGCAGAGAUUCAAGAACUUAAAAAAGCCGCUGGCGCCUCUCAGAACGUGUCCCAGCAGGUUGCUCUGCUGACCUCCAAGAUCGUGAGUCUUGACAACAAACUUCAAAGCUUAGAACAGGCUAUCCAGAGGAAAGCCUGCAGUAGUAACCCCUGUGAGAACUCAGGGACCUGUGUAAACUCACUGGAUGGUUUCUUUUGCCUCUGUCCCAGCAACUGGCAGGGCCUCCUGUGCUCAGUGGAUGUUAAUGAAUGCCAGAUUUAUGCUGGAACAGUGCUAGGCUGCCAGAAUGGAGCCACUUGUGUGAACACACCAGGCAGCUACAGCUGCUCCUGUACUCCAGAAACAUACGGACCUCACUGUGCCUUGAAGUUUGAUGACUGUCAGGGAGGAUCUGAGAUGCUCUGUGGGCAUGGCACCUGUGUAGAUGCAGACAGGGAUCAGCCCAACAAGCCCAAGUACCGCUGUAUCUGUGACACUGGCUGGAUGUCCCCUCCUGGCAGCCCUGCCUGCAGUGCUGAUAUAGAUGAAUGCAGCCUCCCUAAUCAUCCGUGUUCACAUAAUCCGCCUGUGCAGUGCCACAACACACCGGGCUCCUAUCGGUGUGGUCCCUGCCCUACAGGCUGGCAAGGAAAUGGCUACAGUUGCCAAGACAUUGAUGAAUGUGAAAGUAAUAAUGGAGGCUGCUCCACAGCACCGAUGGUUCAAUGUAUCAACACAAUGGGAUCCUUCCACUGUGGGCUCUGUCCACCAGGUUAUGAGGGGGAUGGACAAACAUGUACCCAGGUUGAUAUCUGCUUAAUAAAUAAUGGAGGGUGCCAUCCUUUGGCUACUUGUACCUCAGCUCCAGGGACAAUUCCAUUUUGUUCCUGCACAUCUGGGUACACUGGAAGUGGAUAUGGGCCAAAUGGGUGCUCUCCUCUCAGUGAUAUCUGUCAGCUGCAAAAUCCUUGUGCAAAUGGGCAGUGCUUGGCAAUGAUCUCUGGAUAUUUCUGCCUGUGUAAUGCAGGCUGGACGGGCCCUAAUUGUACAGAGAACAUUGAUGAAUGCAUUAGCAACCCGUGCCAGAAUGGGGGGAGCUGCACCGACGGGGUCAAUGGCUACUCCUGCGAGUGCACCAGUGGCUGGACGGGACCACAGUGCCAGACUGCCCAGCAAGUUUGUGGAGGAUAUCUCUCAGGCCUCAGGGGGACUUUCAGUUACCCUAACAGCCCAAACAGCCAGCGGUACAACAGGGGGGUCAGCUGCGCUUGGGUGAUUCAAACUAAUUCCAAUAAGAUUCUGCGCAUUACUUUCCCAUUCUUUCAAUUGGAGGCAAGUAACGAGUGUAACUCUGUCUUCCUUCAAAUCCAUGAUGGGCCUUCAGCGUCAAUGCACAUGCUGGGAAAAUACUGUGGCUCCUCAUCUCCUGCAGAGCUUUUCAGUUCCCACAACUCCCUGUAUUUUUGGUUCUACUCCAACCGCACCAUUACGGCUGGAGGUUUUACUGUUCAAUGGGAAUCUCGGGAUCCUGAAUGUGGUGGUGAGCUGACGGGUACUUACGGCUCAAUAAGCUCUCCAGGAUACCCUGGUAACUAUCCUGUAAACAGAGACUGUUUCUGGACCAUCUCAACCAGUCCUGGCCUCUUCAUCACAUUUGCUUUUGGCACACUAAGCCUAGAACACCAUGAAAACUGCAGUUAUGACCAUUUAGAGAUUCGAGAUGGUCUUCUUCCACAAGACCCUAUCCUUGGUAAAUACUGUAGCACUCGAUCUCCACCUCCACUCCAAACCACUGGUCCAUAUGCAUGGAUUCACUUUCACUCUGAUGACUUAGUUACUGAUAAAGGCUUCCAUAUUAUCUAUACAACGUCUCCUGCAGAUCCCAGUUGUGGAGGAAAUUACACGGAUAGUGAAGGGGUUAUCACAUCCCCUUACUGGCCUAACCCUUAUAUCAACAACCGACAAUGUAUCUACAUUAUCAGACAGCCAGAGGAUGAAAAAAUAUACCUCAACUUCACCCAUAUGGAGCUGGAGAGUCACACUGGUUGUUCAUCAAAUUACAUUGAGGUUCGAGAUGGUGACAGUGAGAUGUCUUCCCUUAUUAGCAAAUUCUGUCAUAGUACACUCAUGUCUCCAAUCACUUCUACCAGCAACAGUCUCUGGAUCAAGUUCAAGUCUGAUGCUUCUGCGCAAAGGGCUAGCUUCAGGGCCAUUUAUCAAGUUGCCUGUGGAGGCUCCUUGUCUGGAGCAGGCACUAUCCGUUCACCUUACUACCCCAGGAUGUCCCCUCACCCAAAGACCUGUGAGUGGAUCAUCUCCCAGCCAGCUAGCAAAGUGGUGAUUCUUAACUUUAUCGACUUCAACAUUCGAAAUACAACCACUUGUGACUCAGACUACGUUGAGGUCAGAGAUGGCAACAACACAGACUCUCCUCUUUUGGAGAAAUACUGUGGUACAGCUGUACCAUCUAGAGUGCAAUCUACACGGAACAAUCUCUAUAUCAAGUUCAGAGCUUCCUCUCUUACCAACCUUGGCUUCAGGGCUGAGUACUGGCCAAUAGAUACAGUAUGUGGUGAGACUCUCACUGGACCAGAAGGAACCAUUACAAGUCCUGGUCACCCAGAUGUCUACCCACAUGGUAUUAACUGUACCUGGAUUAUCAACAUUCAACCCGGCUACCUUAUCCGCCUGACGUUCACUUCAUUUAACUUGGCAUUUGAUUAUAAUUGCAGAAAGGAUUAUCUUGAAAUAUAUGACAACAGCACUGUGCAAAAAUUGGGAAGGUACUGUGGAAGAUCAAUUCCACCAUCUCUCACUAGUGGUAGCAACAUGAUGAUGUUGUACUUCGUGACUGAUCACAGCAUUGCAUCUGAGGGCUUCGCAGCUAAUUAUAUCUCCCUGAAUGCAUCAAAAGUGUGUUCACACAACUACAGUACUGAAACUGGCGUGCUAACAUCUCCAAACUAUCCCAAUAACUACCCUGUCCGGACGGAGUGCGUAUACACCAUCACAGUGGGGAUAAACAGACAGAUUGUGCUGCGCUUCACCAACUUCACCUUGGAAGGGAAUAAACUCUGUACAGAGGAUUAUGUAGAAAUCAGAGAUGGAGGCUAUGAAACUUCUCCUCCUCUUGGAAAAUACUGUGGUACAGACCUGCCUCCUGUUACAAUCUCUCAUGGUAACAAGCUGUGGAUAAAGUUUGUCAGUGACAUAUUUGGCACAAGAAAGGGAUUUUUGGCAGAGUGGGAUGGUACAUCAGCAGGGUGUGGUGGGACUUUGAUGACAGCAACUGGUAUCUUCAUGUCUCCCAACUACCCUAUGCCAUAUUACCACAAUUCAGAGUGCUACUGGUUGCUCAGAGGAAGCCGAGGAACCCCAUUCGAAAUCCAGUUUGAACAGUUCCACCUAGAGUAUCACCCAAAGUGCAACUUUGAUUACCUUGCGGUAUAUGAUGGCAACAGCAGUAAUGCUAAACAGCUAGGUAAAUUUUGUGGGAAUCAGAUACCAGAACCCAUCCGUUCCAGUGGAGACAGCAUGUAUGUAAAACUAAGGACAGAUGGCAGUCUGCGAGGUGGAGGGUUUUUAGCCAGAUACAAACAGGUUUGCCACGAAGUACUGACUGUUAAUCGUAGCCAUGGCAUAUUGGAAAGUUUAAAUUAUCCAAAUAAUUACCCAUUAAAUGAGCACUGCAACUGGACCAUCCAAACUACAAAGGGGAACACGCUGAACUAUAGCUUCACAGCUUUUGAUAUAGAAGAUGGAUCUGACUGUGACCGUGACUUCUUGAACCUCUAUGAUGGGCCUGGUGUGCAAUCCAACCUGAUAGGCACUUUCUGUGGACAGUCUCUUCCGCUGGCAGGGAGCACUACCGGGACCAGCCUUCAUGUGGUGUUUUAUUCUGAUGGACUGAACACUAGAAGGGGGUUCCAGAUGCUGUGGCAUGUUAAUGGUUGUGGAGGAGAACUCUCUGGCCCUUCUGGUUCAUUUCACAGCCCUGGAUACCCCAACAGAUACCCAAGCAAUAGGGAAUGCAUCUGGUACAUUCAGACAGCACCUGGUAGCAGCAUUCAACUCACCAUUCAGGAAUUCGACAUUGAAUAUCACCCAAACUGCAACUUCGAUGUUUUGGAGGUCUAUGGUGGCCCUGAUUUCCUCUCUCCUAGACUAGCCCAGCUAUGUGUUUCAAGAUCAGCACAGAACCCACUGCGAGUCUCUACUACUGGCAAUUCAGCCGUUGUCCGUUUCAAGACAGACGCAGCAGUGACAGGGAAAGGUUUUAAUGCCUCCUGGCAAGAAAAUCCGGGUGGCUGUGGUGGUAUUUUCCAAGCUACCAGUGGGGAAAUCCAUUCUCCAAACUAUCCUCAACCUUAUAAUAACAACACAGAUUGUUCUUGGGUUAUCCAAGUUGACUACAGCCACAGAGUCCUAUUGAACUUCACGGAUUUUGACAUUGAAAAUCACCAUUCGUGUAACUAUGACAAUGUUGCAGUAUUUGAUGGUCCUAGCAAUGAAGCACCACUUCUUAGAAAACUCUGUGGGACACAGCAUCCUCCCCCUAUCACAUCCUCCAAGAAUAUGAUGUACAUCCGACUGCACUCUGACACAACCAUCCAGCACAGGGGCUUCAGUGCUCGCUUUACUGAAGCAUGCGGAAGUUUCAUAGAGUCAGAUUCAGUUGGGGCAGCAAUUUCCUCUCCUCUAUAUCCUGCCAAAUACCCAAACAAUCAGAACUGCAGCUGGAUUAUUCAGGCUCAGGAACCAUUCAACCACGUCACACUCUCAUUCACUGACUUUGAUAUUGAAAACAAUAGACAAAACUGUACAACGGAUUUUGUGGAGAUUUUGGAUGGGAAUAACUAUGAGGCUCCUCUUCGAGGCCGUUACUGUGGCACGACUUUACCACAUCCUGUCACUUCUUUUGGUAACGCCUUGGCGGUGAACUUCAUCUCCAACAACAACACUGCUGCCAGAGGCUUCCAUGCCACCUAUGCUGCAUCAUCAUCAUCCUGUGGGGGUACUUUCCACAUGGAGAGAGGAGCUUUCAACAGCCCUGGCUAUCCCGAGCAGUAUCCGCUCAACACCGAGUGUGUCUGGAGGAUUCUCAGCUCCCCUGGCAACCGGCUCCAGCUGUCCUUCAUAGCGUUUCAGGUGGAAAAUAGUAGCAACUGCGCCAAAGAUUACCUGGAGAUUCGUGAAUGGAACGACACAGGCAUGCUGGCAGGACGAUUCUGCGGGAACUCCUUGCCUUCAAAUUAUACGUCGACUGUUGGACAUAUCCUGUGGGUCAAAUUUGUCUCAGAUAGCUCAGGCACUGAUGUUGGCUUCAGGGCCACGUUCUCUCACUUGUAUGGAAAUGACAUUGUGGGAAACAGAGGACAAAUAGCUUCACCACAGUGGCCCAGAAGUUACCCUCACAAUUGCAAUUACCAGUGGCGGAUAAGCGUUAAUGCUUCACAAGUCAUCCAGGGCCAUAUCCUGCAGAUGGAUAUCGAAAAUCAUCACAGAUGCCGUUAUGACAAGCUAAAGAUUUAUGAUGGGCCCACCAUUCAUUCUCGUCCCAUUGCAACAUACUGCGGUGCAGAUCCUGCUUCUUUUGCAUCCUCUGGCAGUUCAAUUACAAUCCAGUUCCAGUCAGAUCCAUCUGUGACUGGAAAAGGCUUUCUUUUGGAGUGGCAUGCAGUGGAUGCUUCUGGUGUUACACACACCAUUGCUCGAGGUGCAUGUGGAGGGACUGUAACAGCUGAAGAAACACCUUCAUUCCUCUUCUCACCGGGCUGGCCCAUGAGUUACAGAAACUUUGCUGACUGUGUGUGGCUUAUCAGAGCUCCUGGAUCCACUGUGGAGUUCAAUAUCUUGGCCCUAGACAUAGAAUCUCACAGCUCAUGCAACUAUGACAAACUUAUUAUCCGAGAUGGAGACACUAGUCUUUCUCCAGUGCUGGCUACUCUGUGUGGACGAGAACCUCCUGGCCCAAUAAGAUCGACUGGAGAGGUGAUGUUCAUCCACUUCAUGUCAGAUGCAAGUGUCAUUGGAGCUGGGUUUAAUGCCUCUUAUCACAAAAGUUGUGGAGGCUAUUUGCACACGGACACGGGUGUGAUAACAUCCCCCAACUACCCUCAAGACUAUGGUCCUAAUCUGAAUUGUUCCUGGCAUGUAGUGGUAACCUCUGGAUUUAUCAUUGCUGUCCAUUUUGAACAGCCUUUCCAGGUUAAGAGUGAGGAUACUUCCUGCAACCUUGGAGAUUAUGUAGAGCUGAAGAAUGGGUUAGAUAAUGCCGCCCCACCUUUGGUGUCUGGAAGAGGGAAUGGUCGGUUUUGUGGAAGCAGCUCCAUCUCUACCAUGUACACCACAGAUAAUCAGCUGUUUGUCCACUUCAUUUCUGAUAGCAGGAAUGAGGGUCAAGGAUUCAAACUGAAAUAUGAGGCUAAGAGUCUAGCUUGUGGAGGGAAUAUUUAUAUCAAUGAUUUCAACCCCAGUGGAUAUACAUCUUCCCCCAACUAUCCAAGCAAUUAUCCCCCGCGUGCUGACUGUGUCUGGACCAUAACUGCUCCUAAUGGACAUGCAGUAGAGCUGCAGUUUGAAGAUCAGUUUUACAUUGAACCUUCACCAAACUGCACUUCCAGUUACCUCGAGCUACGCAAUGGCGCUGACUCCACUGCCCCCAUCAUUGCCAAGCUGUGUGGAGGAUCAACGCCAGGCUUGCAGAGGUCCUCAGGAGCUGUCAUGUACCUGAGGUUCAGGUCUGACAGCAGUGCCACACAUGUGGGAUUCAAUGCUAAAUACUCCAUUGCUCCCUGUGGCGGGACAGUGAUAGGACAAACUGGCAUCAUUGAAAGCAUGGGGUAUCCUGAGCUUCAUUAUCAAGACAACCUGCUGUGUGAAUGGUUUCUGCAGGGUCCCAGGGGCCACUAUCUUACCAUCAGACUAGAAGGCCUAGAUAUUCAAAACUCCUCCGAGUGCGCAAAUGACUUUGUGGAGAUCCGAGAAUACAACGCUUCUGGAAAUUUGUUGGGCAGGUACUGUGGUAAUACUCUCCCUGAUGCUGUGGACACCUCUGACAGUUUUGCUUAUGUCAAGUUUGUCACUGAUGGAUCAGUCAAUGCCCGAGGAUUCAGACUGCGCUUUCACUCCAGUACUGAAGAAUGUGGUGGGGAUUUUACUGCCCCUGUUGGAACAUUUACUUCACCCAACUAUCCCAACCUGUACCCACAUAAUCGAGUGUGUGAAUGGAGGAUCACAGUGGAAGAAGGGCGACGUGUGACUCUAAUCUUUAACGAUAUGAAAACUGAAGAACACUGGAGUUGCUCAUCAGAUUAUGUGGCUGUUUACAAUGGCCUCAGACAGAACUCUCCCCGGCUGGCCAAGCUAUGUGGUGAGGUAAAUCCAGGCACUGAGGUGAAAUCCUCUGGAAACACAAUGAAAGUCAUUUUGGUGACAGAUAUGUCCCAUGCAACCAGAGGCUUCAGCGUCUCAUACACGUCUAGUGAAGAUGCAGUCUGUGGUGGAACCCUGAUGGGACAUGGAGGUGGGAAUUUCUCUUCUCCCGGCUACGAUGGUGUCAAAAACUACACAAGUAACCUGAACUGUGAAUGGAGUGUUGAAAAUCCCUCCCACUAUAAUUCAUCCAUAUAUAUCUCUUUCGAGGAUUUCCACUUGGAACAUCACCAGGAUUGCCAGUACGACUACCUAGAGUUACGAAUAGGGGACGCUGAUGGAGAGCUAAUAGCCAGACUUUGUGGUCAGGCUGCACCAUCUGUGCCACUAGUCAUAGCUGCCCCGCAGAUCUGGGUACACUUUGUAAGUGAUAAAAACACAGAAGAUAAAGGAUUCUUGGCCCAUUACACGUUUGAAGCUUGUGGUGGUAUACAGUCAGGUGAAAGCGGAGUUAUCUCAAGUCCUAACUACCCAGAGCCUUACAGCAGCCUGAGUCGUUGCUCCUGGUUGUUGGAAGCCCCCGAAGGUGAAACCAUCACUCUUACUUUUACAGCCUUCCACGUUGAAAAUCAUUCACUUUGUAAGUGGGACUCUGUUACUAUCCUGAAUGGUGGCUCUCCUGGAUCUCCUGUCAUAGGAAAGUAUUGUGGAACCACAUCCCCUGGGACUAUUCGGUCUGGUUCCAGCAAGCUAGUCGUCAUCUUUAACUCUGAUCACUCAAUUCAAGGAGGUGGCUUUUAUGCAACAUGGACAGCAGAAUCUCUAGGAUGUGGUGGAAUCAUUCAUUCAGAUAAUGGUAUGAUCAAGUCUCCUCAUUGGCCUCAAAACUUUCCCAUGAACACCAGAUGCACAUGGACCAUCAUUACGCAUGAAAGUAAACACUUGGAGAUGAACUUCCACAGUAACUUCCAGAUUCCAGAUAGCAACGGAAGCUGCCAGAGCAGUUACAUAAAGGUGUGGAGAGGAAAUGAUGAAGAAGCAGCAGCUUUGUUAACCACAGGAUGUGGAAGUUCAGCUCCUGAUUCUGUUGUUGCUCCAAACAAUGUGAUAACUACAGUAUUUCAGUCUCAGGAUGCUCCCGGGCCAGGUUUCUCUGCAUCUUUUAUAAGCAGAUGUGGAGUAAAUUUCACCAGCCCUGCAGGUCGUAUCGUCUCUCCUAACUACCCUAGUCAGUAUGAUAACAACUUGAACUGCAGUUAUAUCAUAGAUCGGGGACCACAGUCACUGGUGAUCCUAGAGUUUGAGACUUUCCACUUGGAAGCCCCAGCACUCUUGAGCAGAAUUUGUCUUUAUGAUGGAGUAAGCAUCUUCAGUGGGACGAGGAUUACCCCACAUCCUCUCAUCACGCUCUGUGGUAAUGAGCUCCCUGCCCCAGUCAGUGUCUUUGGACCUAUGCUGCUCAACUUCUACACCGACUCCCACAUCACAGGCUUUGGAUUCAAGGCAAGAUACAGAACAAUUGCUUGUGGUGGCAUUUUCAAUGGCUCUGUUGGUGUUAUCAGCAGUCCGGCCCAUUCGGUUCUUGAUUAUCACAACAACAUGAACUGCUCAUACUACAUCACAGUUGGAAACGGCAAAAUAGUUGCCCUCAAAUUCAACAGCUUCCAGCUUGAAAUAUCUCCCUCCUGCUACAAAGAUUACGUGGCUGUAUAUGAUGGCUCAGACACCCGUGCUCCUCUCCUCGGGAAAUUCUGUGGCUCAGAACUGCCUCCAAAUAUUAAGAGCUCCAGUAAUAACUUGUUCCUGGUGUUUAACACUGACUUCUUUGGAGCAGACAGAGGAUGGAAAGCGUCUUUCAGGGAGACCUUAGGACCUCAGAGCGGCUGCGGUGGUUACUUGACAAAUUCAGCUUAUAGCUUUGGCUCUCCGGUCUCCAAUGCGACCAGAAGAUAUGAGAAAAAUCUGGACUGUGUAUGGAUCAUAACUGCACCCGUGAACAAACUGAUCAACCUCACCUUCACUUCAUUCGUGCUUGAAGCACAGUCUGCUCAGGCUUGCCGAUAUGAUUAUGUAAAACUUUAUGAUGGAGAUAAUGAAAAUGCCAAUUUAGUUGGCACGUUCUGUGGAUCUACAGUGCCAGCUCCUUUUCUUUCUACCCGCAAUUCCUUGACUGUGAAAUUUAUCACAGACAAUUCUGUGGAAAGGGAGGGUUUCAAUGUUACCUACACCACAGUGGAUCGACUGUGUGGAGGAAUACAUAAUGCAACUUCUACAUCCCUGACCGCAACGUCUCCUAACUUCCCGAAUGAAUAUCCACCAUUUACUCUCUGUACUUGGGUCAUUGAUGCCCCUCCGCAGCAGCAAGUCAGGGUGGUGGUAGAGGCCUUCCACCUCCACUCUGGCCAGGACUGCUCUCAGAACUACCUAGAGCUCCAGGACUCACCAACACACAGCCAAGGAUCAGUCCAUAGAUUCUGUGGCACUGAAACUUUUCCAGUCCCUGAAUUUUAUUCUUAUGAUCGCACUGCCAUCGUGACUUUCAAAUCAGAUGAAUAUAUGAUUAAUAAUGGAGUCAGAUUUACCUAUCAAGCUACAGGUUGCAGCAGAGAGUAUAACCAGCCAUUUGGUUACCUGAAGAGCCCCGGCUGGCCUGGUCGUCACCCCAAUAACAUGGACUGUUCUGUCAUUCUACGAGCUCCACCGAAUCACACAAUUUCUCUCUUUUUCCAUGCUUUCAGUUUGGAGGACAGCAUCCAGUGUUCACGUGAUUUCCUAGAGGUCAGAAAUGGGAGUGAUGUGCAAUCACCGCUACUUGGCAGGUUCUGUGGAAACACUGUGCCCAGUCCCAUCUUCCCCCAAAAUCAUGUUGUCUACCUUCGUUUCAAGAGUGAUUUUUCAGGGGCUCAUGAUGGAUAUGAAAUUACUUGGACUUCAUCACCAAGUGGAUGCGGAGGAACGUUAUACGGCAGCACUGGUUCGUUUGCUAGUCCCAGCUACCCAGCAACUUACCGCAACAACACUGAUUGUGAGUGGGCCAUUACUGUGCCCAAGGGACGAAUUGUCACAGUGAACUUUGAUUUCAUCAGCAUCGAUGACCCAGGGGAUUGCAGUAGCAACUAUCUGAUCCUUUACAACGGGCCAAAUGCCAGCUAUCCCCCAGCCGGGCCGUACUGUGGGAUGGAUACAAACAUCGCUCCAUUUACUGCUACAUCUCAUCAAGUCUAUAUAAAAUUUCAUGCCGAAUAUGUGACUUUACCGUCAGGAUUCCAGUUAAGCUGGACGAGCUAGAACACUGUUUAUGAGAAAUAUAGUACCAUUCCCUGCUAUACUGAAGAGACUUUAGGUCAAAAAGUAAGCUUGAAAUCCACUUAUGAUAAUUGCAGCUGCAGUAAGGCCUUUUAAAAAUUACUGUCAGUGAAGCUGUUUUGAAUUUAGAGUUCUGUCCAAAAAAUGUGAUCUCCCAUUGUACUGAAAAUAAACUAUUAUCUACCCAACUGGGAAAACGAGGUUUUGAAACAUAUUUUUAUAUUCUCCUACAUAAUUUCAAAAUUUUACAUUUAAUGCUAUAAAAAGUGAAUUAGCCAAAAUUCGAAAUUGUUAACAUGAAGUUGAUAAGAGGAUUUAAGAUAUGAAGUUGUCUUUAAUUAGUUCUAUGGAGUUAUGUGGUUUUGUCCCAAGCAUCUUUUAAAACGUUAGCUAAAGUUUUAUUCAAAUUAGGAUCAGAAAUUGCUAAAAAAUGGCCCCUGUCCUACAAUCAUUUACCCAGAUAACUUUGCUGUACUUCAAAAAGAUUGAUUUCACUACGGGAAAAAGCAUGUUUCACUUUAAAGCAGGUUAAAUGUUUUUGGACAUUUUUUGAUAUGAUACAUACAUACUUGCUCUUGGCAUGACUUCCUGUCGCCAAAAAAAAUGUACAGAAUUAUUGAACUUCUGCAAAAGAAAAGACUGAACAGCACUACCAAUGGGAGAAAGAAAAAUUUGUAAGAUUUUUUUUUUUAAUCUAACAAUAACUUGGUGCAUUUUUAAACGUUCCAAGUACUCCAUACCUGUGCAUGAUUUUAUUUACAAUUGAGUAAAAUGCAUGAGGUUCUUUAGAAAAAAAAUGAAAAUCCAUCAGAGAAUUUGUGCUCAUGAAGACUGUUGAAUGAAGCUGCUGGUACAAGGUUCAAUUGAUCUAGCCCCACUGACUCUCGCCAAAAAUAGUCAAAGUCUAAAAUUAGAGUAAAUUAUCAAACCAUUCUUUAAAAAAAAAACAGGAACAAAGUAACCCACUGCUGUCCUCUAACAUUUUAUAUGAGGAACCACAACAGAAAUACCACUGCAGAAGUAUUAAAGUGGAGGUCCUUAGAGGAGAGGGCUGGUGCUAAGCCAUGUUUCUGUCUUGGAAGGUGAGUCGUCAUUUAAAACACUUGCUUUAAAAUGAAUGCACAGCAAAAGCAAACAGGAACAACGAAACAGGUAAUUUGAAAAGAAUUAUUCCAUGAAACUUCUAGGUGUUUUUUGCAGUGUACAAUUCAAAAGACAGAAUCUGUGUUUAGCAAGAUUUAUGGCUUCAUGUCACAAUGCUGCCAUGAAUAUUUUUGCUUUUAUGACUGUGCGCUUUGCUGUCUAUUUUACACAUAAUGUCGUAGCUGUGAAUGUUGCCUGUCCGUAUUGUAAUACCUGCAUGACUACACCCAGCCUCCCCCCGUCGGUGACACAGCACGGAUAAUGAAUGUGCAUGUUUUCACUUCCUAGAGCCUGCACGUUUUUAACUUAAGUGUAAAUCUUCUGCAUGUUACUAUACAUAUUUAUUUUUAUAUAAAAGUAUGUUUUAUGAGCCAGUUAUAUAUGAAUGGUAAGGACUCCGAAGACUAGGAUUUGGAGAAUAAGUACUAGAAGAUCCAUAACAGUAUUUUUAAUUGUCCUUCCCAUGUGGCGGGGCUAUUAUUUAUAAACAAUAAAUAAGAA